CUCCUCUGCCUCUACCAAACUGAUCAUGGACUCCGCCGAUUGGGGCCUCGAGGCGGUCGUGAGGAGCUGCGGCGGCUCGACCGUAGUUCCCGGCUCGGAGGCAGAGCCAGAGCCUACAGCGGCGCGGGCGCGGGCUCGCCGGGGAGUCGUCACCAGUGUGGUUUCCUCCCUGGAGUUCGUCGGGCGACGGAUGAAGGCGGCAUCCUCCUCGUCGUCGUACGACGUCCUGGAGCCGCCUCGGCCGCCAUUCUCCAUCACGCUGUCGUCGACGUCCCGUGAGCGCAACGUCUUCAUCUCCUUGCUGUCUGCCUUGACGUCCGGGCAGACGCUGCCGGGGAGGAAGCAGACUGGCCGGAAACCGGGCGUUGGCACCCCCACUCCCAGGCAGCGGAAAACAAGCAGGAAGAAGGUGGUGCGGUUGGUGCCGGUCGAACACGGCGGCGUCAACAACGGCACCGUCGACGACCUGUGGGCGUGGCGCAAGUACGGCCAGAAACCUAUCAAGGGCUCCCCGUAUCCUCGAGCGUACUACAAGUGCAGCAGCCUCAGGGCGUGCACGGCGCGGAAGCUGGUGGAUCGCAGCCGGGCCAAGCCCGAGAUGCUCAUCGUCACGUACAUCGACGACCAUUGCCACGCUGUGCCCGUGCCGAUCAACACGCUCCCCGGCACGGCGCACCACCCACCCAAGUCACCGCGCGGCACGACGACGUCAGGCGAGGCGGUCUCAGCCAGGCGCCAGGUGGACGACGCCGACGUAACGUCUUGCAUCGCUGCGGAGUGGGCGGACGACAAGUCCAAGCUCCCGGAACCCGUGGGGCUGGACGAUUUCUUCGGCUCUUUCGACAACACCGUGUUUUCGAGGAAGUGGGCGACCACGUUUGACGACGACAGGUUUCUUCCCUGUAGUUUGUGAAGCUGA